CUUAAAAUCUAUUCAAAACAUUGUUGGGAUCAUGUUGCGAUUACAGAAAAUAAAUUGAAUCUAAAAUUUAUCUUGAGUUCUUUGAGAGGAAGAUAAAAAGAAGAUAAAGUACAAAAAUGGGUAAAAAAACAAAAGUAGGAAAACAGCGGAAAGAUAAAUAUUACCAGCUAGCUAAAGAAACAGGUUAUAGAUCUCGUGCGGCUUUUAAGUUAAUACAGCUCAAUAGAAAAUUCGGAUUUCUACAGAAAUCAAGAGUAUGCAUCGAUUUAUGUGCCGCGCCAGGAGGAUGGAUGCAGGUGGCGCAUCAAAACAUGCCCCUGUCUAGCAUUGUCAUUGGUGUAGAUUUGUUUCCGAUUAAACAAGUACCAGGUUGUAUAAGCAUAACUGAAGAUAUCACCACAGAGAAAUGUAAAACUGCCAUCAAGAAAGAGAUAAAAACUUGGAAAGCUGAUGUGGUAUUGAAUGACGGAGCUCCAAAUGUGGGUCUGAACUGGAUUCAUGACGCCUAUCAACAGUCAUGUCUCACCUUGAGCGCUUUAAAGCUGGCAACUAAUUUCCUGAGAGAAGGAGGAUGGUUUGUGACAAAAGUGUUCAGAUCCAAAGAUUACCAUGCAUUACUGUGGGUUUUAAAACAGUUUUUCAAAAAGGUUCAUGCAACAAAGCCGCAAGCUUCGCGUAAUGAAUCAUCCGAAAUAUUUGUUGUUUGCCAGGGCUACAUAGCACCUGACAGCAUAGAUCCUAAACUGUUAGAUGCCAAGUAUGUGUUUGAGGAUUUGGAAAUUGUGAAAAAGCAGAGGCUUAAUCUGUUACACCCCGAGAAACAGAAGAAGCCUAAAGCUGAGGGCUACAAAGAAAAUGAUUAUACCACAUACCAUAAGAUUACAACAUCAGAGCUUCUGGAACAAGAAGAUCCCAUUGAUAUGCUGCAGGGUGCCUCUGAGAUUGUCAUUGAUGAUAAAGAAAUUGAAACACACGCAAGGACAACACCGGAAAUAAAGGAAUGCUGUAAAGACAUUAAAGUCCUUGGUAGAAAGGAUGUAAAGGCUAUAUUGAGUUGGUUAAAACAUUUAAAGGAUUGGAAGACAUCAUUGAACAAAAAAGAGGAACCAGGAAAACUUGAAGGGGAUGAAGGGGAAAAGGAAGGUGACAAGGGUGAAAGUGCUGACGAGGAGGACGCAGUUGAUGAGGAGGUUGCCACACUUCAGGAAGAAGAAAAACGACAGUUGAAAAGAAAAAGGAAACAGUUAAACAAACAAAGGCAAAAGUUAGCGGAGAAAAUGAAUUUGAAGAUGGUCCUUAAAGGUGAUGAUGGUCCUAUCCUUGAAAGUCAUGACAUGUUCAGUCUCUCAGAUCUGAAAAAUAAAGAGCAAAUCAAAAUGAUAGUAGACCAGCAGCCGGACAUAGUAUUAGAUGAAAAUGACGAUACUGAUGAUGAAAUAAAAACUAAACCAAAAUAUACUAAGUAUGAUGUUGAUAAGUCUAAAUUAGACUCCUCAGGUCUUUACUACAAGGACUCAGACAGCGAACUCGAAAUGGAAUCAGAUUCAGAAGAUGAACAAGAUAAGGAGUCCUUAGCAUUUUCGGAUUCAGAUACAGAGUCAAAGAAGAUAGAUAAAAUAACACAACUCAACACUGAGAGGAAUAGCAAGUUGAAAUCGGACAAGCCCAUUCCUAAAGAUAAUCCACUUCUGACUGACCUUGAUAACACAGACCCGGUGUCCAGAAGGUCGAUGAAAGCUGAACUGUGGUUCCAAAAAGACAGCUUCAAAGACAUUGAUGAGGAGGAUGAUGAGGGUGCCGAUCUUGAUAAACUCGCCAAGGGUUUCGUCGAAAAAGGUAAAAAAGUGAGUGACACUCUAGCUGAUGUAAAAGACACAAAAAGAUUGAAGCGUAAGAAGGAAGAGAGUUCAGAGGAGGAGAGUUCGGACAGCGACAGCGACUACGACGUGGAGGACACGGUCGCGCCCGCCACUGGGAAAGCGGCCGCCAAGUCCAAAAACAAGGACGGCUUUGAAGUCGUAACGCAGGAUCCUGAGCUAAAGAGAUUGAAAAAGUCACUAAAAAUGGACGCCGAAGCACUAGCGCUAGGCACAAUGAUAGCCACAUCGAAAAAGUUCAAGAGAGAUCUUAUCGACGACGGCUGGAAUCGGUACGCGUUCAACGACACUAAUCUGCCCGACUGGUUUGUUGAAGAUGAAAACAAACACAUGAAGAAGGAGGUUGUUGUGCCUGAGAAAUACACAGAGGAGUACAAGAACAGACUGCAAGAUAUCAACGCGAGGCCCAUUAAGAAAGUGGUCGAGGCCAAGGCCAGGAAAAAGAAGCGCAUGAUCAAGAAAAUGGAGAAGGCGAAGAAGAAAGUCGAAGCUGUCAUGGAGAACGCCGACAUGUCCGAGAGAGAGAAGGCCCAGCAGAUCCGACACCUGUAUAAGAAGGCCCAGACAGACGGCAAGAAGAAAAUCACAUAUGUAGUGGCCAAGAAACAUACCACGGCCAAGCGAAUGAAGCGGCCGUCCGGAGUCAAGGGACAAUACAAAGUCGUGGACCCGAGAAUGAAGAAAGACCUGCGAGCGCAGAAGGCCAAGGAGAAAACUAAAGGCCGCGGCAAGAAAGGUGGAGGUAAAAAAGGUAAUAUUAAGAAAGGCAACAAGCAAGCGAGGAAUGCAAGGCCCGCGAAGAAAAAGGGUAAAGCUAAAUAAGUUCUAUACCACAUUAUAAGUUAUACCGAUGAUUACUGAUUAGUAUGGCGUAUUGUAUAUUAUUAUUGAAUAAAAACAUACAAUUUUAUUCAAAA